UGCGGGUACUGAAAUCCAGAGAGGACGAUGGACGGAGGACAAAGGGAGGACUGGUAUUUUUCGUCGAGACUGCUGGGGAACGAAGAGAGGAAGAAUGAAGAAGUCGUUUUUUAACAAAAGGCAAGGAGAGACGCUCCGCUCGCUGUUCAAGACAUGGAAAGCGGCAAAGGUCUCUCCUUGAGAGAAGAGUUCAAGAGAGAGAGACGGGAGUUACACGAGGAGAAGAAAGGAUCUUUUGCGUCCUGCUCGUUCCAUCUUUCCUUGGCUGCCUUCAGGAUGCCGGAAAGUCGUCUCCCCGAGAGGGAAGACAAGUGGAAGAGAGAGGGAGAAACAGAGAAAAACCGGAAUAGACACACUUCUCGCUCUUUCCUCCUCUUUCACAGUUUUUCGCUCUGUUUCCAUCGAUUUCAGUCACCUAAUUCCUCCGAACUCCCAAGUCUUCUUUCUCUUUCCCUCCGCCGCCUCCCCUUCAGCCCCGCGGUUUUUCCUCUCGGUGAAGGUCUCUCUGCGACCUUUAACAGCAGAAGGGAGCGCCGCUUUUCUCGCUUCUCUCGCUUGUCCGUGGUGCAGAAGCUGCUCUUGGUCUUGUUUGCGUAAGAGAGAGUGAGCAGAGAGGCGAAGCAGAAAGUUCAAAACGGGAAGCAAGAAAACGUCUGCGAAGAUCGCUGGACAGCGCAAGCGUAGCUUACGGAGCACCAGAAGAAGCCUUCAGCAACGACACAGAGACGAAUUCGUAAAAACUUCACAUGUGCAUGCGUCAUGAGAAGUGAGAAGGAAGACACACGCCUUCGAUUCGAAAGAAAAAAAGAGAAGACAAUGUUAAAAAGGAGAAAGAGACAGUUUCAGGGAGGCGUCCUCUCGCCGCGAGAAAAGGCGAGCUCGCAGUUGCGUUCCACCAUCACGCACCCCCUUCUCGACCUUGUCUCGACCUUGUCUUGUCUUUUUGAGGUUUCGGAGGGCAGCGAAAAUCCUGAUUUCAAGGGAGCGUGACCGGGACGAAGUUGGCGUUUAAGGAAAGUCUUUCUUUCCUCCAUCUCGCAGAAAGUCUGUCUCUUUCGGCGACGAGAGCCGUCGUCUCGCGUCCAAAAGCGCGUUUUUCACACACGCUGGAUGGCGCACAGCUGGAUGCCAGGCUUUUUCUGCCUUGCCAGUGGAGUCUCCAUCACAGGCGUUGUUCCAUCUGUCUGCAGCGUCGGCGGGGCGUCGGAGAUGAUGGCGGACGCUCGGCGAGGUCCGCCGGGGACCACCAGGAAGACGUCUACUUCUUCGGUUGGCUCUCAAAAUCGUAUUUCCCUCGACUUGCAGGCGUCUCCCUCAGCUUCUCGUUCGUCUCCUGUGUCUUCUCCCUCUCUGUGUGCCUUGGAGCGCUCCUCCGAUCCAGAACCGGACGACGGAGAAGACGGAGCUCUCCUGAACGUCGCAUGCUCGCGUUUCUCGUCUGAAGGCGACGCGAUUCGCCUGCGACAGCGGGACUCCUCGCUCAAGCCUGAGCAUGCGCACCGCUCCUUUCUCUCCCAGUUUACGAAUGUUGUCUCUGCAGAGACUGGCGGACAUGAUUGCCAGCGUUUCGAGGAGCGUUCAGCGAUGCGGGGCAGGCGCGUCUUCUCUCAGGUCGUCUUGUCUCUGUUCGUCUUGGUGAUCGUCUACACCAUCGUCUCUUCCUUCUUCUGCCUCGUCCGGCUGAGAGCCGACGUCCCCGACGGCGCCUCUGCCCGCUCCUCGCUCUUCUCUUCCUUUUCGUUCUUCAGUGAGGAAGAGGAGGAAGAAGACGCGGGUGUUCAGUCACUGAGACGCCUUGCAACUCUCUCUUCUAUCCCGGUCUCGGUUGAGAACUUUGCCAGGAUCGCCGCGCCGUCCUUGCUUCUCCUCGCCUCCGACGACGCCGCCUUCCACCCUGCCUUCUUCUCCAGUCCCUCUCGCGCCGCGCCUUCCGCCGCGCCUCGCUCCGACGGCCUGUCUUCUCUCUCCAGUCCUUUGCCCUCCACUUCUUCUGCUGCUCGUCCCUCAGCCGCGAGUCCUUCCUUUGUGGAAUCAGAAGAGAGCGAAGAGGCUCAGGCGCUUGCGAGGGAGAGGGCUGCCGCGUCGCCUCUGACUUGCGUUGAACUGAUCGCUGUUCCGUCAGACGACUCUCAGGUCGGUGGAGACGCGUCUCUCGCUGCGUCGCUGCUGUCAAUCCUGGAAGGCAGCUCUUCUGCAGGCGUGGACGCCCUCGAAAGCAACGAGAUGUUCCGCUCACUCCUCGAGAGAGUAAAGAAGCGCGCGUCUUCUCAGCUCGACGCCAAGGCGCCCUGGACUCUGGAGCGGGCAGCGCUGCACGCUGGAGCCGCAGACAAGCGCGGCGAGCCGGAAGGGAGCGGAGACACUUCGGCGGGAGGGGCGAGGAGGCGCCCGAGCGCGUCGUUGUUCCUGCCGAACUGGCGAGUCGUCGCCUCGGGGAAAACUCCGAUCUCCGCGUCUCGUUUCGGAGCCUACACAGAGGCGGAUCUGCGCCGACAUGUCUGUGUGAGUGUGGACCGCGAGUACGGCGUCCGCUUCGUUUCGCUGUUGAGCGCUCUCGCGUCUCCGGUAUCCGAGGAAAGAGAAGACGCUGAGAGAGAAGGAAGUCUAGCCGGUCAACGCGAAAGCCGCACGGCAAGCCAACAACGUCCUUCACCUCCCUCGCCUGAAGACGCAUGCAGCGGCCGCGUCUCUCUCUACGACGGCUGCUCUUCUCUGCCCAUCCGCCUACGUACGCCGUCUUCUUCUCCCUCUUCUUCUUCUUCCUCUCCCUCUCCUUCUUCCUUUCGUAGCCAUUUAGGGGAAGAGAGAUUCGUUGCGCACAUGUACUGGGGAGGAACAGAGCCGCUGACAGCGAAAGAGUUAUGGUCGAUCGACAGUUUCUUCGCCUCUGCCCCCCGCAGCACACUGAGACUCCAUGUGGUUUUCCCUACACCAGACGAAGACGAUUUCCUCUGGGACAGCGGAGAGGCCGCCGGCUCCGUCUCGCCUCGGAACCAGGACGCGGGCGCGAGCUCGGAGACAGGGUCGAAGGGCAAGGAAAACAUGGGGGGUGGGACCUUCUUUGCGUCGUGGAGGAGGCGCAAGAGCGACGCCAUGCGGCGACGAAUCGAGAGUGUGCGGGGGCUUCACCUCUCUCAGCUUCAACUUUUUUGGCGGAAAGGCUACGACCUGCAGUACGUCCAGCAUGUCACCUUGAAGCCGUACCUCGUCGAUACGCCCCUGGCUGCGCGUGCGUCGUCGCUUCGGGUGUCUUCGUUGGCGGACAACAGCGCGUUGUUUGGGCUCCUUCGGCGUGCCCGGCAGGCGACGGUGUCGGACAUUUUGCGGGUGCUUUUUCUCUACAAGGAAGGCGGUUUGUACCUUGACGUCGACGUCCUGACCCUGCGGUCCUUUGCCUCUCUGCCGUCCUUUCUGGUCUGCGAAAACCCAAAUUUCGAGCGCGACGAAGCAGGCCUUCGCCCACCGCGGGACGAUACGCAGGCCGCGGCCAAGGCGGCGCAGAAAGCGUGGGCGAGGCAGCGCAGCCGAGACCGGACGGCGUUUCGGCCGUGCGAGUUGACGAACUCCGUCUUCAAAUUCAAGAAGAAGAGUCACCUGUUCCUCCGAGACCUCCUGCACUACAUCGACCGACAUCUCGCCGCCGCCUCUGUCGGCCGCCUCGCCGUCGGCAAGUGGGGGCUCCUGGGGCCUCUCGCCUUCCGCGCCGUCUUCUACCGCCGGUGGGUCACGGCGGGAGUCGCAGGCGUCUGGCAGGAGCGCGAGCGCGAGGAGGCCGAAGCUCAAGAGCGUACGGAGGGCGCAAAGGCUCAGAGAAGGCGGAAACCUCUGCACCAAAGCGAAGAGACUUGGUACGUCUUGCGCUUCGCGAAUUCGCCGCCGAAACCUCGGCGCCUCCCCGGCGCUGCGUCUCCGACGUCCUUGGAGGUCGGAGAGAGUCGCGAAGGAGACGCGGGCGAUGGAAAAGAACAACAAGAAGAAGCGGCUGUAGGGCCAUUUGUGCGGCCGCUGUGGCUGUUUGGGAGUCUCUCAUUCGAGCCGCUUCAGCCUGGGCCACAGCGAGGCCGCUUUCCAGUUCUGGAGAGCGACAUUUUCUGGACAGAGGAGCGAAGUGCCGAGGGCUUUCUCGAGCUGCAGAUUCUCGGAAAAUCAGGACCUUUCCAUGGCCUGCACUUGUUCUCCAAAGCGCUGUUUUCGAAACGAAACGAGGGAUUCCUCUCCGCGCUGAGGGCGGAGCCUCUCUCGGUCGUUGGCAUCCUGCAGAAAACGUUCUGCACAGCGUACUGCGGCAACGACAUGCUGCGCAUCUUCUCAGGAGAAGAAAUCAGACAGAGGGUCCCAGACGCGGUCCUCGACAAAAUCAAGGCCGUUCUCUCCUGGCUGUGAACUCGCGACGCAGGGCAGACCGCGCAACAUACGUCGAGUGCACUCGGGGCCAGUCCGGAGGUCAAAACAAAUGAAGAGUAGAGAGAGAAAACGCAGAGGCGGUGAGAGGAAGAGGAAGGGAGAACGAUAGAACAAGACAGAAGGUAUUUCGUUUCCCUGCGACCGGAGCGUAUUUCUGUUCUGGACGCAUGUUCAUAGACAGGCUGGCAUGCACAUGUCUGUAUUUUGCAUGCUUCACCUGGUCAGGUGUAUGCAAAGAAUGACUUGUGUUAUUUACGUAGAUGUGAAUAAAUGCACCAGGAUGAUGCACCGCACAACCUUGUGUUCGAAUGGAUUCGAC